CAUAAGUUUCCCUUGUUUCAAGGUUAUUCUUUUUUCUUCUUCUUAUUUAUCAAGCAUUUGGUGCGUGUUUAUAUCCAAUAAAAACUAAUACAAGCCUAUAUAUUAAGUCGUCCUAGUAGAAUACUAUGUCUGAAGCCACUACUCCCGAACAAACUUUGCACAGGGUCUUCGUUACCAACUUGAACUUUCAAACAAAUGAAGAAGCACUCGAAGGUUUUCUCAGCGAAGCUGGCAAAGUUAAGGAGGUUAUUAUUGUAAGACGCGGUAAAAGAUCAAAGGGUUAUGGUUUUGCUGGUUAUGAUACACAAGAAGAAGCUGAUAAGGCUGUCAAGGAACUGACCAAGAAAGAACUUGAUGGUCGUGAAAUUAGAGUUCAGAUAUCUAACCCUCAAGCAGCAAAGAAGAAGCCUAAAAAAAACAAACGUGCAUCCAAGAGAACCGGACGCAAGAACGCUGAAGCUUCUGAAUCUAGUGAAGAGGAGGAACAGACUGCCCCAGCUAAAGCCAAAGAAAUUACCACUGUUAAUACCUCCAAGGAGCAAAAUGACAAGAACGAAAAGGAAGCAUAUGAGGAGGAAAGCGGACCUAAUACAUCUGUCUUUGUUGCCAACCUUCCUUUCAGAAUGGGUGUUCCUCAACUUUAUGCCUUAUUUAAGGAGUACAAGGUUACCUCUGCUAUGAUAGCUAGACACAAAGCGACACGUCCCGGUAGAAGAGGACGUUCCAAGGGUUACGGUUUUGUCGAAUUGGAGUCUACUGAGGAACAGGAAAGAUUGCUGAAGGAAUUUGGUACGGUUGAAUUGAAAGGCCGUACUAUUAGUGUAAGAGCCGCUACUUCUCAAAAGAAAAAGCCCUCGAGAAGAACAAAGACAAAACAAGAGAAGGACGACAAGGAAAGCGGAAAUGAGAAAACAAAAAAAAGCAAGAAGAGUAACAAGAAGCAAAAAGAAGCCUUAGAUGCUGUCAAGCAAGCUGAAGAAGGCGUCAAAGAAGUGAAGAAGGAGGAUGGUGUUAAUGCUGCCAGUGCUGCUGCAGAUGCAGUGAAAGAAGUAAAGAAAGAGGAUGGCGUUCAGGCUGCUCAUGAGGCUGCUGAAGCUGUUAAGGAAGUGAAGAAAGAGGAUGGCAAAGAUGCAGCUAAGGCUGCCACUGAAGCUGUUAAGGAAGUGAAGAAGGAAGAUGGUAAAGGCGCAACUAAAACUACUGAUGAAACUGUCAAAGAAGUAAAAAAGGAGGACAGUAAAGAUACAGCUAAGACCGCCACAGAAACCACUCAAGACAAGAAAUGAAGUGUAUAAAUAAAUAGAUAAAACUCUGCUAUGUAUAAUAAACUGUGUA